GCUGGCUCUCUCUUCUCCCACAGGCAUGAGUCACAGCCCGGAGUACAUUCUGUUCCGGGCGGGCGAAGUAGCUUCCCCGGCACUCAAGUCCUUCGCCGAGACGGGCCGCAGUGACCUCAUAGACCAGGGGGCGCAGGCGGACCACGGGGUGCUAGACGCCUUCAACACGCCGCCUAUCAACCAGGGCGUGGGCGUGGUGCGGGCGCAGUUCUUCGUGGACGGCAACCACUCCAGGGUGUCGCUGGUAUCCAAGAUCGUGCCCUCGCCAGACUGGUUCGUGGGAGUGGACAGCUUUGACCUGUGCGAGGAUGGUAACUGGGUGGACAACGUCAAAAUUCAGGUUGACCCUCUGGACGCUGGCACGGACAACGGGCUGACCUUCACCUCGCCCAAUUGGCCCACUCGCCCCCAGGAGCGAAUCUUCCGCAUCACCGCCAACUACCCGAGUCAUCCCGCCCACUCCUUCCACUACCCGACCCUCACCCACCUGCCCAGGAUAGCCACCUUCACCAUCACCAAGGUGAAGGAGUACACCCUGAGAGAGCACCUGGAUGGGUCGGAUGUGGGGCCCUAUGAUGUGGUAAAGCUAGAGGACAUCGCCUACAAGCACUACGGCGACCAGGCGGUCUCUGAGCGUGAGCAGGGCCGCGGGCACGUCGGGACGGCCCAGGCAGCCCGUCCGCCUUCUGCCAAGGCCAAGAGUCGUGUGCCGUAUGGUGGAGUUCGUAGCCUCACCACCACCACCCAGUCGCCACCCACCAGCUCCACCACCCAGCCCGACUCGGACCUCCUCGCCCGCCGCCGCCACGGGAGCAAUCAGAGGACGCCUACCGCCUCCCCCACACAUGCCUGGCCUACGGGAGUGACCGAGCCAGGCAUCCAUAACUCCCUCGUGCAUUUCUUGCCGCCACCAAGGACAGGAGGACCAGCCAGGAGGGUCUCCAUCAUGAGCAAUUCGGUAGAAGACGAAGGAGGAGCCGAAGGAGGAGGAGGCGGCGGAGGAAGAGGAAGAGGAGAAGGAGGUGGUGAGGAGGAAGACGAGACGCAUGUGGAGGAAGGAGGAGAGAAGUUCGGCGUGGGUCGUGGCGUGGGAGGACAGGUUGGACAGAACCGCAUCCCGUCCGGCAACGCCAUGGCUGUGAUCGACGACAUCGUGAAGAACUACCAGAAGGAGCAGCGGAAGAAGAGAAGGAAACAACGAAGGAAGCAGAGGAGGGAGGAAAGGAGACGCAGGAAGGGACUCAAGAAAAUACGUCCUCCACGCGAUUGCCGGGUGUCUGAGUGGUCUGGGUGGUCCCCGUGCAGCAAGACGUGCGGCAUCGGCGAGCAGACCAGGACCCGAACCAUUGUGAAGCACGCCCGGCGGGGAGGAAAGGUGUGCCCCGUGCUGGAGGAGACCACGUGGUGCGGCUCAGCGAGGGCCUGUCCCAACAGGAUCUACUUCAAGUGGACCUAAAUCGAGAGAGGCAGCGAAGAUGAAGAGGUCUUGGAAGUUACAAGAGGAAAGAAGAGUCUCGAUUGAAUUAUAUGUGAAGAGUGAGGAGGAAGUCUUAGCUGUGGAGUACGAGAGGUGUUAGGUCUUGACUGAGGGAUGGGAAGAGAAAAGUGCUCGGCCGGUGGGGCCAGGAGGAAGAGGCCACGAAUGAAAAGGCACGUACAAGAGGUAGGGGUCGCGGUGAGCGGUGAGUGGUGCCGUCGGAUCUGAGUAAACGUUUCCCACUGCGCAAAUCUCACCAUCAGGAGUCACCGCCUCUCCUCUUGAAGUCCAGCAGCCUUGUCUGGUCCUCAGGGAAAUAUAGAAGGAAAUCACAAACAGUAUUAAGUCAACUACUCAAUAUUUCCAACAUCCUCACUUCCGAGGAGGCGUUUUGGUGGUGGCUGCAUCUUGAUUUAUUUUCGAGCGCAUUGGUGUCCCUAUAGUUGCCAUUUCCCUCAUGUCCCCUGAGGAGCACGACCAGGCGACGCGGCCCUUCCUUCAGACAGAAUCCCAGACUGACAUAUCAAGAGAAACAUGCUGCCAUAGUAAGAGGUUACUAUAACGCUAAUGGAACACAGAGUUGGAUCGUUAUGUUCAUCGUUGUGUUAUGCUGUUCAAGGAGAGGAACAAAUCUUGGGCACAGUAGUAGUGAUUUGUACAGAGAGAGGGAGAGACUGGAAGACUGCGCCAUUGUGGUCAUCGCCUAGUCAAUGAAAUAUAAAAGAGUGACGCAUGAAUUCAAAUACUAAAACUUAAUGCAAUUUGAUAAUAAAAUUAAUACACAUAGACCUAUUAAUUACCAGAAUGGCGUCGCUGGAGGAGAAGGAGGAUGAGGAGGAGGAGGAGGAGGAGGGCCAGUCUCUCCUGACGACGUGGUCGAGGGAAAGGUUGAUAUCUCAUUGUGAGCGGCGAGCAUCGGUCCACUAAAGACGCGUCGCGAGGGUUGGUAACCGUGCGUGUGUGUGUGUGUGUGUGUGUGUGUGUGUGUGUGUGUGUGUGUGUGUGUGUGCUUUUGUGUGCCAGUAGCAGUAAGGAAAUGUUGCCUCUCAGUAAUAUUAAUAAUAGCGUAUUAAUGAUCCCCUUUCCCCACGUGUCUGUCUGUGUUUGUCUGUCUGUCCGUCUAUCUGUCUGUCUCCGUUUGUCUGUCUGUUAGUUUGUUAGCUGUUUAGCCUAUAAUGGGUUUUUAAUACUACCUACUUACAAGGUUAUGAUAUUAAUACAAGUUUAAGUUUUUUGUAUUAAUUUCUUAUCACCGGUGGCGUCAUACUAACAGAAGCAGCAGAGUGAACCCCAGAGAAGCACCGCCGCUGCUCAUACACACUAGGGAGGCCCGCCGCCCCACCCUCUCUGCUGGGGGUGCGGGACGCGUGGCGGGGGCAGGGAAGGCCCGACCGAGCAGGCCAACCACACACUGAGAGAAAAUGUUGCAGAUUUUAUAUGAGCAUAUUCAUAAACGAGACCACCGUUACUUAGAUGAAGGAAUGAAUCGGUAUUUUUUCUCUAUUACAACUAUGUCCAUGUGGCGUCACGAGUCAGAUUAUUGUACGAAGUGAUCAGAUGUGUCUUUAAUAUUUUUUAGUGUUGACAUCACGACGUGCUCUGAAAGAUGUGACACUCUUACUGGAUGCUCGUCUACGAGUAUCAUAUGGCUUCUGUUGCCUGACUGUGGAAUGGUAUUAUUAUUAUUAUUAUUAUUAUUAUUAUUAUUAUUAUUAUUAUCAUUAUCAUUACUACUACUACUACUACUACUACUACUACUACUACAACAACAACAAUUACUACUACUACUACUACUACUACUACUACUACUACACUGGACACCUCUGUUGUGAUGCUUUGCCUUUACUCGCCAUGUACAUAACACAAGCAGGGCGUCUCUUGGGGCCUCGCAGCCCGUCCUCACCACCUCAACACGGGGACGCUCCAUACACCCGCGCCCACCUGCCUGCCUGCCCGGGGGCCUUCGUGGCGGUGGCUGGGUGCGUCGCCCUCCAACCACAGCAUAACAGAGGGGGGAGUGCUGCCCUGGACUGCCACUGGACGAAGGAAAGAAGCUAUUAAUCUGUGUUGUAAAUAAUUUGUACAUAGCUUUUUUUUUUCUUUAUCUCUCCUUGGAAACCGACAACAGAUUUAUGUAGUAAUGAGGGAAGUGUUGUAUUGGCCUGUAUCUGAUAGUGAUUCACUUUCUAUACAGACUGUUUGUUAUGUUUUACGGCUGGAGACAAAGUGUAUGAGGAGUGUGCUCUUAAGUUCACCGUCAGACGGCAAGCGUUUAUCAGUAUGCCCCCUUCCUCUCCCGCCCACUACUCUGCUAAAUUAGUGUACGAGCGUUCAAGUCUGUCUGAUAAAGGACCAUAUUUUGAAACACUUCUGUGUCGCACCACGAUUGCAUUUAAAAGCCCCUUAGUAGUUGAAGUGACACGGGUUUUUGAGGGUGUUUUUUUAUGGUUCUAGUGACAGAUUAACAUGGUUUCUACAUUAUUAACAGAAGCACUCUUGAGAACCCAGUUAAUAAUCUCUGUGGCCUUUGAAAAUAAUGGCGAUGAGAGACCAAAGUGUUUUUGAAUAUGGGCCAAAGUAAAACGGAAAAUUAUCCUUCAAGUCCCUCCAUCAGUAUCUCAUCCCAUUGGCAUUUUUUUUAUCUGACCGAUUUUAAAAAGUCUACCUCAUUACUGAUUUUUAAUACAAUGCGACAAAUUCAAGAAAAUAAGUGGAAACUAUAAUUAAGAAGCAUAUCUUUUUUUUUUUUAGGCUUUAAGGAGGUUUAACAUAUCAAGCACGUCUCUUUUUUCAAUUUGAUAUGAAGUAUUCCCCGAUUUAAUUGUACGGUUUUUUUUUUUUUUUACUGUGGAGGAGCUUUUUUUUUGAGAGUGGAAGAGAGAGAGAGAGAGAGAGAGAGAGAGAGAGAGAGAGAGAGAGAGAGAGAGAGAGAGAGAGAGAGAGAAUGAAUUACUUAAAUUUUAUAAUACAAUUUCCUUCCCCUCCCCCCUUCCCUGUGUGUAGAGCAGCUUGACACAUAACACUUCAUAUUGUCUCUGUUUUAUAGGGAACAUAUACUUGAGUGUUCUAACGACACAUAAUAUAUUAAAUGUUUAUAAUGUGAUACAGAAAUGCUUGAUGCACUGUCAUAUCAUAUGGAUAAUAAAUAAUGUAUGUGUCAUAAUAUAAUAAAAUUGAUGUUGUC